AUGCGGCUUCGGAUUGUUCAUAACGAUAUCGCCAAUUUAAUCAGGCAGUCCAUCAUCAUGAUAUCUCUCACCUUUGUCAUCAUUAAGCUUAUUUUAACGGUAGUCCGAAGGCAUGAAUUAAGAGCGAUAUUUGAUGGGAUAAAUGAAGACUAUGAAAAGUUUAAUUAUUUACCCGAAGAAUACCAGCAAGUUGUUGCUGAUACUAUCAAAAAGUCCAAAGGUCUUGAGAAAAUAUGGAUCAUAAUAAUGGCGAUCACAGCAUCUUCAUAUCCAGUGCUGGCCGCUGCCUGUACGAUAUAUUCUAUGAUAUAUUCUGAUAACCCUAGAAGAUUCAUGGUACAUGAGGUUUCAAUAAUUUUUCUGACACAGGAACAAAAAUACGAAAGCCCAUAUUAUGAGUUGAUUGCAUUAUAUAGUAUUUUCAUUGUGUGGAUCGUAUUUAUUGGAUUCACUGGUUUCGAUGGAAUGUUCUCCGUUUGCGUAUUGCAUGCAUCUUUGAAAAUAAAAAUAUUCAGUCUAAACUUAAAGUAUAUGAUUGUUAAUGCAGCUGACAUGACUACAAUACAAAUAAAUAUUGCCAAAUUCGUCACAGACCAUUGUGAAGUGAUCAGUUUGAUCGGUGAAAUUCAAAAAUGUUUUGAAAUUUGGUUGGUCGGAAUUUUCUUUAACGCGGUGCUACAAAUUGGGAUGGCGCUGAGUCAAAUAACAACGAACGUUAGUAGCGACAUAAGCGGCGUGUACUACUUAUUCGCAGUGGCUACCAUCGUGCACAUUUAUUUGCCGUGCUAUCUCAUCUCGGAUGUUACUUACAAUGCGGCUGAAGUAGCGAAUGUGGCUUACAGUUCUUCGUGGGAAAUGAUUGAGGAUGUGAAUAUAAGGAAGUCUAUUUGGCUCAUCAUUACCAAGGCACAAAUACCAAUCGAUUUCAAAGCUCUUGGAAUGAUUACUUUUAACAUGCAGAUGUUUAUGUCGAUACUUCAAACUUCAUAUUCCAUGUACACUUUACUGAGGAAUUAA